UCGCAUCAGGAGGUUCGUCUCUCUCGAGACGCAGGAGAGCGUUCUCAGUUGGCUGGUAAUUGCAACUUUCGGAAUUACCCUCGCUUCGACAGGGGUAGCUCUGGGCCCCCAACUCCUUCAAAUGUCCAUGGCCAUUUUCCUCGCCGAGGCGAUGCUCAAGGUCACGCAGAACUGCAUUCGCAAUCAUUACAUGAAAGAUGAGCCGUGCUCAUUGAUGAUGGCGGCGCUAGUGGAGGGCCGAGCUCAUCAGAAUUACCUGCGAUCUCUAGGAGCUCUGCGAUUAGCGGGCGUAGUCUUGCAGCUCACCCUCUCUAUACUCUUAGCCGUCCGAUUUCGUCGUAACGGUAAAGACGAUCUGUUGCUGUUUAGCACAGUCGCGCAGGCGGUUCGUUUCUGUUGCGUUGUGAGUUUCCUAAAAGUCGCGUUUUCGUCGUUCGUGUUCCUCUACUCGCCUUUCUCCACUUACCUGAUUAGGAGAAAAGCGGCGCUGCGAGGGCAAAAUGAGCAGGGGAAUGCCGAGAGGAGAGUUCUCGCCCUGGGCGAAGAGCUGGCGGCGCUCGUCUGGUUCUUCCACUGCCAGCGCCAUCCGAGCUUGCCCCCUGUUUGCGCGUUUAGGCGGGAAGAAUACGGCUGCGGUUUGCCUGGCCAUUGGUUCCUAGGGAGACAAGAACUGAUCUCAAUCGCUCUGUCGAGGGGUAUCCAUGGCGGCGGGACCGUCUCCUUGAAGCAGGAGAUGGCCCUUGAUGCCCUUGGCCGACUCGUUGAGCGCGGAGCGCGGGACACGUGGGACGCUGUUGUCGAUAGGGAGAGGAGAGGGUUCGAUAGGUUGGUGAAUAUCGUGUCUGAUCAUUCAUCUGUGCGUUGCAGAGAGAAAGCCGUCAUCGUUAUCUGGCAGCUGGCGGACAUCGGUCGAAAGGCGGAGGAGGAUGGCUAUGACCCCCUGAAGAGUUACUCGACGCCGAGAAUGGUCCAGGCGGGGGCCGCCUUGUUGAAUGCGGCGCUGAGCGGAUCGUCUCCGCUUCUUCAGGAAAAGGCGAUGGGUGCGUUAUGGCGGCUGUCUCGAGAGCACGGGAGCAUACUCGAGUGCCUCUUCGGAGGAGCGGAGGGACGCGACGAGAUCGAGAAGGUGGUGGGACUGGCAAGAAAAGCGCCCACCCCCAAGUGCUGCCUGGAGUCCAUGUAUUUGCUCAGCCGGCUCAUGGCCAACCUCGCCGCGCCUUACGCUCAUUACACUGAAAUCGCGACCGCCGGAGAUAUCGAGGAAGUGCGCGACGGGAGGCUAACGAGGGCGAGGCGUUGCCGCGAGCCGGCGACGGACAUGGAGGGCUACAAAGGCCUUCAGCGGUUCUGGGUCCCGACUUCCCGCGGCUGUUUCCGCGAGUCCACAGCUCUGCCGCAAAUCAUUACCUUCGCUUUGUCCCCCGACAGCUCGACUGAUGCCAAAGAGUUGGUCGCUGUCAUCAUCCAGUGUUAUUUCGUCCUGGGACCGGAGAAUCUUUUCGUGUACGAGAUUAGGUCGCUCGUUCGGAUUCUGAGAGUGCGGUACUAUUCCACCGCCGUGGAACUGCUGUACGCCGCCAUGCUGACCUGCGACUUGCUCUUGCAUUACUUCACGGAUCCCGGGACCACCAACAGUCCGGAUCUCCUGCCGCAAAUCAUCGAGCACGACGACAGCAUGCUGUUCGUCUACCUCCUGCGUCUGCAGUCGGAGCACUGGAUGGGACCCCAAUUCGCUGUGCAGGACGCCAUGAAGAUCAUCCCCGAGUCCGGUUUCUGGCGACAAUUCAUUAGUCCUUUGAGAGAGGGCCGACGCCCCACGGUGCGCCAUCUCCUCCGAUCUCCCGCGCGAUUGAUGGCUUAUCUUCUCAGCACUCAGUUUGAUCUUCUGACGGUCGAGAUCGAAGAGGUCUUUCUCGACGACACGGUCACCCGCCGCUCGACGGAGAUCAACGAUUCUAUCGCCGACGAGGGGUAUCUGGCGGGCAUGACCAUCUGCUGUUUCGGAUUGGCGCUGCUUUUCCACGAGGAGGAAACGAGGACGACGAAGCUGAAUGCCUGUGUGGCGCUCACCAGGCUGGCCAAGUACGACGGGCGCAAGCUGCGCCCUUACGUCGCCGAGGCUUGCAAGUACCUACAGAAGGACCGUAUGCUUGACCUUCGGGAGAUCCAAGGGACAACGGAGGUCGCCGAGCUCAAACAUGAGCUUAGCGAUUGCGUCCCCGGGCUCGACAAAACCAUGUCUGGCAGCUUUCAACGGUCUGAACGACCCAUUUUUCAGAACGCAAAGGUCAAUAUGGCUUGGGAGAAUUUGAACGACGCUCAAAAGGCCAUUUUCUCCAUAAUUGCGCACGCAGCGGAUAGUCAAAGGUAGACUUCUUUUUAUUAUUCUAUAUAUAUCGUCACAAACAGAACUGCCCGGUAAACCGUAGGCACAGAGAGAGAAGAGGACAACAAACGAGGGGCUGUGAC